AUGUUUGAGUCGCUUGUUGCAAAUCUUCUAAAUAGGUUUCUCGGGGCAUACCUCGAGAAUUUCGACCCCAAACAACUAAACAUUGGGAUAUGGGGCGGAGACGUCAAAUUGACCGAUUUGCGGUUGAAGAAGGAGAGUUUGGAUAGAUUCAAGUUGCCAAUUGAUGUCAAAUUCGGACACCUUGGGGUGCUCACGCUUCAGAUCCCCUGGGCCAACUUGAAAGGCAAGCCCGUGCAGGUGAUUAUCGAGGACCUUUUCCUCCUUGCAGCUCCGAUUAUUGUCGAAGACUUUGACGACGAAGAAGACGAAAAGCGACAACAGGCAGUCAAGCAGAACAAGUUGAAGAAUUUGGAGUCGAUGUUGGAGGCCAGGACUGAGGAGUUGGGCAAAGAACUCGGCGACGAGACGUUUGCAGAGUCGUUAAUCACCAAAAUCGUGGAUAACUUGCAAGUUACAAUCAAGAAUAUCCAUGUCAGGUACGAAGACGAGUCCGUGUUGACGGAGAGCCCCUAUACUUUUGGAGCCUCGCUAUCAGAGUUGUCGGCCAUGUCAGCUGAUGAAAACUGGAAACCUUCGUUUAUUUCCAUCACGCAAGCGUUUACGAGAAAAUUGCUCAAGCUAGAUAGUCUUUCCUGUUACAUGGACACGCAGUCUACCGACUUGUUGUCGCACCUCGAUAGAGACAAGCUAUUGGACACUUUCAAGAGUCUAAAAAUCGACCAAGAAUACCUCGUGAAGCCUGUCACGGGAACGGGGAAAGUCACAGUGAACAAGGCUGGCGCCACCUCCUCGAUGCCCCAUAUAACUUCGGACCUCUUUUUCGAAGAGUUUGGCGUCGAGUUGAACUCGCAACAGUAUCAGGACAUUUUAUGGACUGCUUCCAAGUUCCAUUGGUACAUGAAGACGGCCAAGUUUAGAAAACUUCGGCCAAAAUUGCCUCCCAGCGAAGCCCCCAAGGAAUGGUUCAAGUACGUGGGUAGAUGUAUUCUAGAUGAAAUACACGAUAGAAACUACAAAUGGAGUUGGGAGUACAUUCAAAAACGAAGGGAGCAAAGAUUACUAUAUAUGGAGCUUUGGAAGCUUAAGCUCGGCAAGAAAAUCAGCGAAGCGCAACAAAAACAGCUAGAUGGCCUUGAGUGGGAUUUGCCCUUUGACGAUAUCAAGCUAUACAGAGCACUCGCUAGAAAUGCCAUCCGGCAAGAAAAUGCCCAUGCCAGGUUGUACGAUACAAACACUGCUGAAAAGAGUGAACAAAAAAACAAAGGUUGGUUUUCGAACUGGUGGGGAAAUGGAAAUGGCGCUGGAACGAACAAAAACAACAACAACCAAGAGUCUGAGAAGCAGCAAACUUACGAGGCCGAUGGAGAACAUGCAGACUUGUCACUUUCAGACGAGCAAAGAAAAGCCCUCUACAACGCAAUCGACUAUGACGAAAAAGCGCCCGUCACUACAAUUGACUUGCCUGAAGAUUGUGUUAAAAUACGUGUUAGCGCAUCUUUAGAGAAAGGUGGAUUGGUGAUCAGACAAGACCAGAAAAACAACAUUGCAGAAGUGGUUUUUGAAGGAUGCAAGACUCAAUUCCUUCAACGACCUCACUCAUUCUUGGCUGGUUUCCAAGUGCAGGAGUUUAGGGUAGAAGAUGGAACUCGGACAAGUAUUUACAAACACGUGGUCAGUGUGAAGCAGGCUGACGAUCAGAAAGCAAACAAAGUGCCAUUUUUCCAAUUGCAAUAUGAGCAAAAUCCACUCGAUGGUAAGGCAGAUUCAAACCUUUCUGCUCAACUUAAAUCCAUGACCAUUUUCUACAAUCCCAGAUUUAUCGAAGAGUUGAUGAUCUUUUUCACGCCCCCUAAAAUCCAUUUGAAUACCAUUGGCGCGAUUAUGAAUGCAGCCGAGUCGUCGAUAGAGGGCUUGACUGCACGUACAAGAAUGGGGUUGCAAUAUGCUCUCGAGGAACACAAGACGAUUAACUUGAAAUUGGAUCUUCAAGCGCCGUUGAUCAUUUUGCCUCUCGAUCCUUCUAGCUUCAAAACUGCCGUUGCUAUUUUAGAUGCCGGACACGUCAGCGUCAAGAGCAACUUGGUGGAGCGGUCCAAGAUUAGCGAAUUGACUGAUAAAUCAAAGUACACCGAAGAUGACUGGAAGCGACUAGAAAACCUCAUGUACGACAGGUUCACUGUUUAUUUGAAUGACAUUGAGUUUUACGUUGGCCAUACUAUAAAAUCCACAAUGGAGCAAUUGUACGCCGACGAAGACAAAAGGCCAGCUCGAAUGCUAAACAAUUUGAGCUUGACCUUUGAUCUCGGUGUAUCGAUCAUCCCCGAUGCUCAAAACCUCUCCAAGAUCAAGCUCGACGGUAACAUUCCCAAGGUGAGUUUAGCCAUGAACGACUUCCAAUACAAGGCCUUGAUGCAAAUCAUUGACGCGGCCGCGCCCAACCCGAGUCCCGAAUCUUCAGAUAGUGGGAGCGUCUUUAACGCGUUUGGAGAUCAACCUAAGGAAGAAAAUUAUGAUAUUGAGCAAACACAGCAGCUGCUGGACUUGCCCAAGGAUCAAACGACCGCCGAUAAUUCUGCACAAAAACGUUUGUUUGAGUCCAGGUUUUGUAUUAAAAACAUUGAUUUGGCGCUAUCGAGGUGCAUCGAUGGAGUAUCUUUGGAGCACGAGCCCCUCAUAAGUUUUGUUGGAGAGUCGCUCAAUUUGAGUGUUGACAAGAUUGGAAUGGAUAUGGACGUGGACUUGAGCCUUGGCGCAUUGAGUAUACUCGACAGAGUAGAGACCUCGGGGGUAGCUGAAUUUGAAAAGAUGAUGUCCUCGAUUGUGCAAGAAGAGGGCCAGAAAUUGCUUACUGUGAAGGUGGCCCGCAAGCAUCGUUCCGUAGAGUUUCACAACAAAAAGAUUGAUGUGUUUGACCAGGACAUUGAUCUCAAGCUCGCGACUGUGAAGUUCGUGGUUACGAGAAAGACGCUUUUGGAUGUAAUCACUUUUUCAAUGAAUACGUUCUCCGAUCCAAAUGCCGCACCAGUCCCCGCGGAUGAGUUGAAGCACAAUGCAAAAGACGACGAUGCUGCACCUCAAAAGAUUGACAUGAAUGUCAAGUUGGAAAGUAUUAUAGUAAUCUUGAAUGACGACGGUCUCAAGAUUGCUACCUUGGAGUUGGACUCGGCCUCAAUUGAUUUGUUCUUGUUACCAGAAGCCAUGGACAUCAAGGGCAAUUUAGGGUCGCUCACGUUGAGCGACGAUGCCCUCAGCAGUGAUUCCAAAUUGAAAAAAUUAAUCGAUAUGGGAGACAAGAACUUGGCCGAGUUCAGUUACAAAACUUUUAGCAACCACCCGCAGGAUAAAGAGCAGCCAUCGGAGUUGGACUUUAAAACAGGCGCAAUCUCGGUCAAUUUUGUCGAGAGCUCCUUCAACAAGAUUUUUGAGUUUUCUAGCCAGUUUAUGAAGAUGAAGGCCAUUUACGAUGGAACGAGAGAGGCGGCAAUGAACCAGGCUGCCCAAUUGCCGGCAAAGUUGAAAUUCAACGUGUUGGUGAAUGCACCAACAAUUACCUUUCCUUUGAUCCACAGAGGCGCAGACACCAUUGUGGCGAACUUGGGCGAAAUAUAUGCCCACAACGAGUACAAGGGUGCACUUAACGUUAUCAAGACAGGUAUCCGCAAAGUAAACUUGACGUCGAAUUUGAGUUUUAGCUCAAAAGAUGUGCAACAGACGUUGAAGAUUCUCGAUGACUUGGAUAUUGGGUUCAACAUCAACUGGUCCGAGAGCUACGAAAAAGGUGUGCCUACUUUUGCAGUUGAAGGAAGCAUGCCCGAGAUGGAUGUUGGUCUCACCGAAUUCCAGAUCAAACUCUUGACCGAGCUCUCUUCCUUCAUCAGCGACGCAUUCACGAUUGACUCUGCUAACAAGAACUUGAAAGACGUGCAUGAGGAUGCCGCGUAUGCAAAUGAAGUCUUGAAGUACAACACCAAUCUUUUACAGUCUCAAAAGCGCUCACUGGUUGUUCGCAAGCCUUCCAUUACCACCGGCGCCGGAGCCGUAGACAAUCUGAUACCACUGAUACCGGAGGACCACAUUAUGGUGACUUUUAAAUUUGAUGUCCCGCUUGUCGCAUUGACGCUAUACAACAAGUCUGAGGGAGUAAAGGAUAUAAGCAAGAACCUGCUCUCCAAGUUUUCCUUGAAUGGACUAGUCGUGACACUCGAUGCUACCCAGAACUCCCAGUUUACAUCUAAAGUCGAAAUCACUUCGUUUGUCGUUGAAGAUGUACGACACCAAACUGAGAGUAAAUUUGUUACCUUGAUACCUGCAGCCGAAGGUGUGGAAAAGCAGUUUGUCUUGAGCGCAAGCUCGUCAGAUGUCACUGGCCAGAAAAGCAUUGCCGUCCUAUUGACCGUUGAAAAACCGAAAUUGGUGUUGGCUUUGGACUAUUUAUUUGAGCUCCAGGCGUUUUUUGAAAAUUGCUCGCCGUCUCAAAGGCCACCUCUUACUACCCCUGGAAACUCCAGAAGGUCUGUUGUCCUGAUGAAGUCAGCACAACAGAAAAAUGACCAGGACGACGAAGAAGCCGACCAGACCAAGUUGGGGUUCUCAAUCAACAUCAUCAAGCCUUCGGUGUUUUUGCUAGCUGAUGAUUCACGGAGCGACACCGAGGCAAUUGUGUUUAAAGUCGAGCAAGUGCAGUUGUCUAAGCAAGAUAUCUUCUACUUGGCCACGAGCAACGUGGGGAUGUAUCUAGCGAGAAUGGAUAGUCCCAAGACUGCGCGGUACAAGAUUAUUGACGAUUUCUCGAUAUCAUUUGCCUAUGACGACCGCAAGUCGACAAAAGAAAAGUCGCAUGUGAGUUUGGAAGCAUCAGUUGAAACCUUGGUGUUUAGAGUCUCCUUGAGAGAUAUCCGCUUGGGCUAUGCUAUAAUCCAAAGGGCCAAUGAUCUUUUUGCAAAGCACACUGUUUCAACCAACGACCAAAAGCCAACUUUGUCUGACGACUUUAGGCGAAGGUUUUCGCAAAUCGCUCCGAGUAUCACGUCGUCGUCGUCGUCGGUUUCACAAGACAUGCGAGUUAAUACAGAUAAAGAUACGGGACAGGUUCCAGUUGCGCUUGAACCCAUGAAAGAGGAAGAACUAAAUGCAAGCUUUGGCGGGGUGCGAUUCGUGCUCAUUGGUGAUGUUUCGGAAUUGCCCGUUUUGGAUAUGAACUUGAAGCCAUUCGACUUGCGAGCCAUCAAUUGGUCGACUGAUUUGAACGCCGAGGUGCACAUUGAGAGUUUUGUCAACAUUUUCAACUACGCCAACUCGUGCUGGCAGCCCUUGAUUGAGCCAUGGCCAGUUGCCAUUUAUGCGUCCAAAACGCGAGCACCAGAGUCAAAGUUGCUUGUGGAGACCAUAUCUCGACAACUUGCGGAAAUCACAAUCACAUCCAGAUCCGUUGCAUUGCUUUCGCAAAUCCAGACUAAAUUGAGCACCGAUGAAAAAUUGAAACCUAGAGGACAGGAUUACCCUUUUGUGAUUGUCAACGACACGGGAUUAGACCUCACAGUUUGGACGGACGGCAGUAAAGAAGAGACGGCAAAGGAGAUCAAGUACCAAGAGAAUAUCCCAUGGACAUUUGAGGAUUGGAGGAAAAUCCGUGAGAACUUGGACGCAGACACUGCCAGCACAUUGGGCAUUUCCUUUGCUGACAACAAAUAUGAAGCAGUCCACGCUGUAUCUGCAGCUAGGGUUGGCGAAGAACUAUUUGUGCUUCAGCCACCAGUGAAUAAUGGGGAGGUGCACAACCGUCUCUCGGUCAAUAUUACGCUUCGCGACGAUAACGUUAAAGUCAUUACGUUGCGGUCUACAAUGUUGGUUGAGAACGACGCCGACAUUCCAAUAUUGAUAGAGAAUGUUGGAAGCAAGCAAACCAGUCUUGAAAUUAAAUCGAAAGAAAGCAAAGCAGUACCCAUCGAUUUGGUUUAUGACAGCAAGCUUCGUGUGAGGCCUCAAUUGCACACCUCGUAUAACUGGUCAGAUGAGACGAUUUAUUGGAAGGAUAUAAUGAAAAAGAAUAAUGGUAUAUCAUUAAGGUGCCCUUCCAAGUCUAGCGAAAAGAGGUCGAUAUAUUAUUUCCAAACCGAGGCUGUUUACCAGCACGAGGAACCCUUGGCAAGGAUUUACCCUCACUUGAAACUAGUCAUCUCGGCUCCACUUGAAAUUGAAAACUUGCUACCAUACGACUUUAAAUACCGGUUGUAUGACAAAAACUCGAGGAGGGAAUGGACGGGGUCUGUUAAACGAGGCGUCAAGAGCUAUGUCCAUGUUGUAAGUUUGGACAAUCUCAUCUUGCUCAGCGUCGAGCCCGAGAAUUGCGGUUAUGGGAGAUCAGAAUUUGCCAUAAUCAAUGGAACCAAGACUAGUGAGUUCUCGCGAGAGUCGACGAUGCUGAUUCGUGGUAAAAACACGUUCAAGUUGCACAUUCACUAUCCUAGAAAACAAGCAGAUAGCACCAGUUUGAAGGUUGUUGUUUACAGCCCUUAUGUCAUUUUGAACCGAUCCAACUUGAACAUUGUGGCUUUUGAAAAGGGCAAUAUGUUCCCGUCACCUGGCAAAACCUCUCAAGGAGCAGAUGUGCGUCCAACCAUGUUUUCGUUUGAAAAAUUUGAAGAUCGGAAAAAUAGGGCCCAAAUCAAAGCAGAAAACACGGAGUGGUCGCCGCAGAUUAGUUUCGACGCGAUUGGGCAGUCGAACCAAGUGAGGUUGCACAUUUUAGGCCAACAAAAGGAAAUAAACUUUGGCGUUUCCAUACUGGAAGGUGAAGGAAAGUACAACUUGACAAAGACAGUGACCAUUGCCCCAAGAUACGUCUUCAUGAACAGGCUCAAGACCAGUUUGAACAUAAUGGAGGAAGGGUCGGCUCUGCAGGUCACGGCGCACAACGACGUGUUGCUUCCUCUUUACGGAUUGCGGUGCGUGGAAAAGAAGAGCAUCGUUAUCAAGUCGCAACAGGGCACGAAAUGGACCCAGCCAUUCAGCAUCGAUGACGUUGGCCAAAUCUAUGUCAAGGUGCAGGAUAAAAACCAGAUACAGCUAUUGGUGAAAGUUACUAUGCUUUUAGAAGAUGCAACCAUGUUUAUUCACGUGGAGGACGCAAACAACCAGUGGCCAUGCGCAAUUAAAAAUUUCACGGAUGAAGAGUUCUACAUUUACCAAAAUGAUCCAAACAUCAAUGCGAAUGGAGAAGUUGUCAAAAAGGAUGUCCUUUAUAAACCCAUCUACUACCGCAUUCCUCCAAAAAGCGCCAUGCCUUAUGCAUACGAUUACCCCAACGCAAUUGUCAAGGAGUUGAUUGUGAGAGCGCGCGGAAGGGAACGAGCAGUUAAUUUGUCCGAAAUCGGCAAUCUUCGACCAUUCAGGAUCCCGCCACCCGCGGAUGAUAAUGGUGAUGGUGGUAGGGCUCAACAAUUUAUUGUCGAUUUGAAUGUCUGUGCUGAUGGUCCCACACAAACGUUGGUUAUAUCGGAUUAUGAUCCUUCCAAGAGCUUGUAUAAAAUAUCAGAUGGGAACGAGUCGCUGCAUUCGUCGUCGCUAUCGAGAUCGCAGGGUUUCGAAGCCACUCCAGUUGACGAAAACUAUACAACAAAGAUUGUCACUAAAUUCGACGGCUUUGGCAUAUCGUUGAUCAACACCAAUGAGAAGGAAUUGAGCUAUAUCACCAUCAAGGGGCUCGAGUUUAGGUAUAACGAGUCAAACAUUUAUCAAAACUUUAGCGUCAAGCUCAAGUGGGUGCAGAUUGAUAACCAGCUUUAUGGUGGAAUAUUCCCAAUUGUUUUAUACCCUUCGGUGGUGCCCAAGACGGGUAAAGAAUUGAACGAGCAUCCUGCAUUCUCGGCUUCAGUUUGUCGAGUCAAAGAUGAAAGCCAUGGGGUCUUGUUUAUCAAAUACGCAACGGUUCUUUUCCAAGAGUUGACAUUUGAUAUAGGAGAGGACUUUUUGUACGCUUUGCUUGACUUUGCCAAAUUUCCAGGUGCCUCGUGGAACAAAGAACAAGUUGAUCGACUCUGUGAUGACAAUUUGGACAUUCCCGAGCCGUUGCAGCUAAACGAUACGAGCGACAUUUACUUUGAGGCGUUGCACUUGCAGCCAGUGCAAGCAAACAUCUCGUUUGUGAGAACCGAUUCUGUCGAUGCCGAGGACAAGACUGUAGCGCAGAAUGCCUUGAUGUUUUGCUUCAACGUUUUGACAAUGGCCAUGGGUAACAUUUCAGACGCACCCAUCAAGUUGAAUGCGCUCUUUAUUGAGAAUGUCAGAGUUCCAACGCCGCUUUUGGUUGACUCUAUCCAAACUCAUUACAAGCAAGCGUUUUUUUACCAACUCCACAAUAUUGUGGGGUCGGCUGAUUUCUUGGGAAACCCAGUGGGGUUGUUUAAUUUGCUUUCUUCCGGUGUCAUUGAUAUCUUUUAUGAGCCUUACCAAGGGUUUGUGUUGAAUGAUCGUCCUCAGGAAUUGGGUAUUGGCUUGGCAAAAGGUGGGCUCAGCUUUAUGAAGAAGUCCGUCUUUGGGUUUUCGGAUUCCUUUUCCAAAAUCACUGGCUCGCUUGCAAAAGGCUUAUCGGUGGCGACGAUGGACCCCAGGUUUCAAGAACGCCGACGCCUUCAAAUGAAGAGAAACAAAGCCAACCACUUUGCUGGCGGUGCCAACUCGUUCUUUGAAUCAAUCACUUCAGGAAUCGGAGGCAUCGCGGUGGAUCCAAUCGAAGGCGCCAGCACGGGCGGUGCAGCCGGGUUCUUGAAAGGUUUAGGAAGAGGUAUGAUUGGUUUACCGUCGAAAACAGCAAUCGGGGUGCUCGACUUUGCUUCGAAUAUUAGUGAGGGGAUCCGCAAUACAACUACUGUAUUUGACGGGGACGGAUUAGAGAGAACAAGGCUCCCGCGGUAUAUCAACCCCGAUGGGGUCAUCAAGCCGUAUUCGCCAGUAGAGGCGCAGGGCCAGUAUUGGCUUUACACAGUUGACGGUGGCGAGUACUAUGAUGAAACCUACUUGGCACACAUGCUCCUCCCAGGGGACGAAAUGGCGGUUCUUGUUACAUACAGAAAGAUCAUCCUUUUCGACACGAAAUCAUUGGUGUCAAAGUGGGUCAUCAAGUUUGAUCAAGUAAAGUCUAUAUCGGUGGAAGCUACAGGUUUAACUGUUGAAUUGAAGAAUCGAAAAGGUCCUUUUAUUCCAAUACCAGACAGGAACAAUCGAACCUUUUUGUAUCAAAAGAUCGGUAUAGCAGUGAAAGAGUACAACAAGCACUGUCGUGUUGCCCUAUGA